UAAUUUGUCUUCUUGCAAGUACGCAGAUUGGAUCCAGCACAGCUCCUGUCCGGGGAUCUUCUCCUUCGCCCUCAGUUUCUAGAAUCGAAGCAGAGCAUUACCAACAUCAUUCCACGGUUUAAAAGGAAAACCGUCGACCACGCCCCUCAUUUUGUCGAUUGAUUUUUUCUUCGUCAAAGUUUUUCCAUCUCAGCUCCCACCACCACCUGCGAAGAAGAAACCCAACUCUGGUUCGGUCCCACCUCAUUGAACACGCUUACUGUGUCAUACGACCAAUCCAGCUUGGCCAUCUGUCUGCUCAUUCAUCGACCCAGUUCCUCAAUUUAACCCCUCAUCAGAUCCCACCAUUACCCAUUUCCCUUCUCUUUCGUGUUUUCUUGAUUUUCGCGUGGUGGGGGGUUUUGAAGGGUUUAGGGGUUUCUCUGUUUUCUUGUAGAGUUUUGGCAUAUUUGUUCAUACAGAAGUGAUGGUGGAGGAGAUUGAGAAGAAGAAGAAGGCGACGAAGGGUAAGGGGAAUCGAUGGAGCAACGGCGCAAUCGGUGCUCUCAUCAUCGUCUUACUCGCUGUGGGAAUGAGUUGGGCAGCUGCCCCGAAGAUGAAUUUGUUUUCGCGCAUUAAUAACAAUCCUUGUCCUUGUGCCAAGGAUGGGCAUACGUAUAGAGGGAUGGUGGAGGAUUGUUGUUGUGAAUAUGAGACUGUAGACCAUCUCAAUGAGGAAGUGCUGCAUCCCCUGCUCCAGGAUCUGGUCAAGACCCCAUUUUUUCGAUACUUCAAGGUCAAGUUGUGGUGUGACUGCCCCUUUUGGCCCGAUGAUGGAAUGUGUCGUUUGCGGGAUUGUAGUGUUUGUGAAUGCCCAGAGAGUGAAUUCCCAGAAUCAUUUAAACGUCCGUCCAAUCCUAUCCUUCCGUCUGACGAUCUCAUGUGUCAAGAAGGAAAACCUGAAGCUGCUGUGGAUCGUACUUUGGAUAGCAAUGCUUUUAGAGGCUGGUCAGAAACAGACAAUCCAUGGACAAUUGAUGAUGAAACUGAUAAUGCUGAAAUGACAUAUGUGAAUCUCCAACUCAAUCCUGAACGCUACACUGGCUACACUGGCCCAUCGGCCAGAAGAAUUUGGGAUGCUAUUUAUGCGGAAAACUGUCCCAAAUAUCCAUCUGAAGAGUUGUGCCAAGAGGAACGGAUAUUGUACAAGUUGAUAUCUGGUCUUCACUCUUCCAUUUCAGUUCACAUUGCUGCAGAUUUUCUUCUUGAUGAAACUAAAAACAUGUGGGGCCAAAAUCUCAUGUUGCUGCAUGAUCGUGUUUUGAGAUACCCAGAUCGUGUCAGAAACUUGUACUUCACUUUUCUCUUUGUUCUCCGUGCUGUCACGAAGGCGGCAGAGUAUUUGGAACAAGCAUCAUAUGAUACAGGCAAUCCUAAUGAGGAUUUAAAGACGCAUUCCUUGAUGAGACAGCUCUUGUAUAAUUCGAAACUUCAAGCUGCUUGCCCAAUCCCAUUUGAUGAGGCAAAGCUGUGGAAAGGCCAAAAUGGACCUGAACUGAAGCAGAAAAUUCAGAAUCAAUUCAGAAAUAUCAGUGCGCUUAUGGACUGUGUAGGAUGUGAAAAGUGUCGGUUGUGGGGAAAACUUCAAGUUCUUGGGCUUGGAACUGCAUUGAAGAUUCUCUUCUCUGUUGAUGGUCAGGAAAACUUGCACCAGACACUGCAGCUGCAACGGAACGAAGUAAUUGCUUUGAUGAACCUGCUUAACCGUCUCUCUGAAUCUGUCAAAUUGGUUCAUGAAACGGGACGCUCGUCCGAAAAGAUUGGGCUGACUUCUGAACAGAAAGCCGCAAGUUGCCCGUUCCACAAGAUGUUGGCAUCCUUGAAAUCACAUGUAGUCUAAGAACAUUUAGGUAGAUGGUAUUAGAUAACAUAUGGGAUUUUGAGUUGUGCCACAGUAAAUUGACCCUUUGGGUUUCGAAGCCUAUGCACCACAGAGAUACACUUCAUAGACAGAUUUGAAAGCAACUGAAGGAACCAAGAAAGAGGGGAAGCUUUUGUAUUAGGUUUUGCUUUUGGGCUUCUGCAUCGAACGAUGCAUGUAUAUGCGGCGGCAAGCAUUUUAGGUUUGACUGAUGCAAGAAACUUCUCAUGGUUCUAUGGUUGCGCCACUGUAAGUAAUGUGCACGAUUCUCUUUUCUUUUACAGUUUGAUUU